CAGAGGAUGCCAUCUCCACUGCCUUCCACUCAGUCUUCACACACCCUGGGAAAAACACCAGCAACAUCAGAAGACUGUUUGUGGAUUUCAGACCAGCAUUCAACAAGAUGUGAUGACUUCGCUGAAGUUGAUCCCAAAGCCAAAAGAGCCACCGCUCCUUCCAAAGCCAGGCAGUGGCGGGUGUGUGAGAUGUGCUGUGGUGGCCACUGGGGGAAUCCUCAAUGGCUCUAAAACGGGGAAAGAGAUCGAUUCUCACAAUUACGUUUUCCGUAUGAACGGUGCAGUCAUCAAAGGCUACGAGGAAGACGUAGUAAGCAGAACAUCAGUGUACGUUGACACGGCCCACUCCAUCACUAUGUCGCCGUAUUUUUUCAAUAAGUACGGAUACACAUCUGCACCUCAUGAUGAGAUACUGAGCCCCAACUUGUUCCUGAUCUGUGUGCUGUGGACAUACUCUGGCGGGCAGUACAAUGAGAGCCGCUUCUAUGUUCUGCACCAGGAUUUCCUCCGAUACGUGCGGAACAGAUAUGAUCUGUACUGUAGCCAGGGCUGGACUGGGACAAAAAACGGCCCUGGUAUUUUUGGCCCAGACAACCCACCAAAAUCGAGCUGCCUCUACACCUGCACGUCACAACCAGCACAACAGCUCUGCCCAAAGGGAAACUCACCCAGCUCACGGUGCCAUAUGGAAACCAGACCUAUAUGGCUGCGCGCAUUAUGUUGCCAUACUUGGCAAUAUAUUGAAACCGUGAAUGCAUAUGGAUUCAUGACUGAGGACUACAAGAAAUACUCUAACUACUAUGCUGAAAAGAAUAUUAAAACCAAUGUCAUUUUCUACACCAACCAUGACUACAUCCUGGAGAUGAAUACUUGGAAAAAAUUACAUGACAGCAAAAUAAUGAGGCUAUAUCAAAGAACAGACUCAGAAACUGGGACAGAAAAACCGAAGUAACACUGAGACAGUUUUUUAAAAACAGAUGCUAAAUGUUUACGCUCCUUGGAAGAGAUGAGGAAACUCAAACCCCGAGACAAACACUGCUCGGAUAAGGAAUGUGAUAAAUAGGAGCCUUGAUCUGGUUCCCCAGGGGUUUGUUUUCAGUCUGACCAGAAGUGGAAAAUAAUAUACCAAUGGUUAAUAAUUAAUUAAUUAAUAGAAGAUCGUAAAUUUUCAGUGCAGGAAUUGUACUUCUAAAAUAGUAUUUUACAGUUUAUCAGUGUAGUGUAGUAGUGUAUUAGUACUUCUACUUAAGUAAGACUGAAUACUAUGUUUUAUUUCCAUUUUGUGUUUCACCACAAUUCGUCACUACGUCACUACAUUUAUUUGACAGAUUGCAUGUAAAAGUGUGUAAAGUAUAGUAGCUAAGUAUGGCAGCUUUUAAAA